AUGGCCGGGGAGGUGAAGACGAAGCUGUCCAAGAACCUGCUGCGCAUGAAGUUCAUGCAAAGGGGUUUGGAUUCACAAACUAAAAAACAACUAGAAGAGGAAGAAAAGAAGAUAAUUAGUGAAGAACACUGGUAUCUUGAUUUACCAGACCUAAAGGAGAAAGAGAGCUUUAUAAUAGAAGAGAGAAGCUUUAUGCUGUGUGAGGAUCUACUUUAUGGCAGAAUGUCCUUCAAAGGAUUCAAUCCGGAAAUUGAGAAGUUAAUGGUCCAAAUGAACUCUAAAAGCAAGAAAGAAGAAAUUGAAGUGGAUGAUAAAAUGGAGGCUGAUGUGUCAGAUGAAGAAAUGGCCAGAAGAUAUGAAACAUUAGUGGGAACAAUAGGGAAGAAAUUCUUGAAAAAAAGAGACCAGCGUGUUCUUCGUGAUGAAGAUGAAGAUGAGAAUAGUAACUCAAGACCUAAGAAAGCCAAGAAAAUGUUCUUAAAACCUCAGGAUUAAUGUCAGCUGCACAACUGGAGCUGAUAGAAAUGUUAUCUACCAAAUAUAGUACCAUGAACCGAAGAUUGUUUUGAGUUUUUGCUAUUUAAUGUAAAGGAUAGAAUUGUAAAUCUGAGUCUGUUCUCAUUGAAAUUUCUGCCAUCCACAUGAUGAACAUUUUUAAAAGUGGAUGUGUAUAUAAUGGAUGUCAUACAUCCUUUCCUCUCUGAGCAGCUUUUAACGUGUGGGGCAUUAAGCCCAUCAGUCAUUUUUAAUGUUGUGUAUAACGAGGAUGAGUGUCAACGUGCAAUCAAGAGCAACAGUAUUUACAUUUUAUGAUAACAUCUAAAAGAAAUAUUUGCAGUGAAGAGUAGCUUUGUCCAAUCCGGUAAGGCAGUUCAGCUUUCACUGCUAUUUUUAUUAUGAAAAUGAAAACCUUUGCUCUCCACAAUUUGAAAAAAGUCAGCAGAAACAUGCAUCUCUUUUUUUUUAACUGUUCUACAAAUAAGCUGGAAAAAGAACAGAUACAAAAUCCAUUUUGUUGAAUUUUCUGUUUUCUAUAAAGCUUAUUUAAAAAUAGAGGGGUUUGUAGCAAAAAAAUCUUUUUUUCUAGAGCAAGCCAAAUAUUGGGCAACGUUUACAGUUUGACAGUUGAGCAGAUUGCGACUCUUAAUUUCUAUCUUCCAAAAGAAGUUUGCUAAUCUUGUCUCUUUUUCAGCCAAAAAAUUCCAAUCUUAUAAUUAUCUAGGUCUUGUCAUAAAAGCAUAAUAACAGCUUGAAAAACAUGUUUGAAAAGUGAAUAAAAACUGAUUUUUUGUGUGUUUAA